AUAUAAAGCGGGAAAGCUGGGGAACGAAGGGAGGCUUGACGGCAGGCGAGUGACGCUGUGAAUCCAGACCGACUUAGAGAGAACGAAACACAGCAGUGCGUAUCAACACACUACAAUGGAGCGUUUGGCCAGGUCAGCUCGAACGUGGCGUUGGCAUUGGCGUUCAUUUUCCUCUUUCCAAACCCUAGCUUCUCGCUCCUCACCUCCUUCUUCCUUUCCCAAAUUUGCGUCUUCUUGGUCUACCUCUUCCUCUGUUUCGAGUUCCAGAGUUUUGCGCGAGGAUUAUUCGUUGCUUCCGGUUGUCUUAGCUGGUAUAUUUGGGACGGGAUUCGUGGAAGCUGCAUAUGCGGAUAAUGGUGCUGUUGAUGUCCAAGAAAGUGCUAAGAAGGAACGUGAGCGAAUUGAGGAGUUGCUUAGAAGUAGAGGAAUUCGAUAUGGCUCUUAUCCUCGCUUCACUGUUUCCGUUAAAGGCCAAAAGGUCAGUAUUAAGUUUCAAAUUCCUCCUAAUUGUGAAGUUUCACAACUUAUCGCAAAUCUUACUGCACAUCUUGGAACAAAAGCUGAAGGCCAUGGUGGUGGUUCAGACAUGUUAUUACGAGCUUGGGACAGCACCGUUGCUUGGCAACUUACCCUUACUCAUCCAUCAAAACUAAAACAUAUUCAAGGGAACAAUCUGUCUUCAACAGAUAUAAUUGCAGAUGAUAGAGAUCUAUGUAUACUCAUAUUUCAUUCUCUCAUUGGUUCAGAUAAAGCUGAAAUUGAAUUCAUUAAGCAAGGGGACUUGAGUCCUGAAGAGCUUGAUGCUUUUGUCUCUGUUUUACAAUUAGCUGGUAACAAGUUGGGACAAAGAAACACCCUGGAAAGAAAACCGAGGGAAGAGACUGAAAAGGUGCCAUCUGUAGAUAAAUCUAUUUCUGAUCUUGAGGGUAUGGGAGUGAGAAUUUAUGGACUUGAUGAACCCGUAGGUAUAUCAAAUGAUGGUGAGAUAUCAUGGGACAACAUUGCUGGUUAUGAACAUCAAAAACGAGUGGUAGAAGAUACGAUACUAUUGGCUUUGCAUAGUCCUGAAGUAUAUGAUGAUAUUGCUCGAGGGACUCGUCAUAAGUUUGAGUCAAACAGACCUCGAGCUGUGCUAUUUGAAGGUCCACCAGGUACAGGGAAAACUUCCUGUGCUCGUGUUAUUGCCAAUCAAGCGGGUGUCCCUUUGCUAUAUGUUCCACUUGAGGCAAUAAUGUCUGAGUUCUACGGUAAAAGUGAACGUCUUUUGGGGAAAGUGUUUUCACUGGCGAACACUCUUCCUAAUGGUGCUAUUAUAUUUCUGGAUGAGAUUGAUUCUUUUGCUGCUGCUCGUGACAAUGAAAUGCAUGAAGCUACACGUAGAAUAUUGUCAGUCUUAUUGCGACAGAUAGAUGGCUUUGAGCAGGAUAAGAAAGUAGUUGUCAUUGCUGCCACAAAUAGAAAGGAAGACCUUGAUCCUGCAUUAAUCAGUCGGUUUGAUAGUAUGAUCGCCUUUGGCUUACCUGAUCAUCAGAAUCGUCAAGAAAUCGCAUCCAAAUAUGCAAAGCACCUGUCCAAACCCGAACUAGAUGAACUUGCAAGAGUUACAGAAGAUAUGUCUGGAAGAGAUAUUAGAGAUGUUUGUCAGCAAGCCGAACGAUCGUGGGCGUCAAAGAUAAUUCGAGGGCAAGUUCCUAAAGAAGGCGAAAAAGCACAGCUUCCACCUUUGCAAGAAUAUAUAGAAUGCGCCACGAGUCGACAGGAGGCGCUGCAUAGUGCUGCCGCAAACAGGAAGUUCGCAGGCUCUUUCCGCCGCAGGAAUAGGAUUUCAAGCGACUAACACCUCUUUUUUUUUUUAUUAACUCUAGAAAUCCAAUUAGAAUAUUAGAAAAUUUAAUACAAUUUAUGUGCACUACUUAACUAACUCUUAUAUCCCCUCUUACCGAGUUUGACAGUGCAAAUUUUUUACUGUCCUGUAUAUGCAUUAAUUAAUAUAGUAAAGGGUUUCUAUACAAUUAUUU